UCAGUUAUUCCCGACCGCCUGGGCGCCCUUCUCGCAAUGCCGGCCGUCGACAAACUUCGCCUGGACGAGGCUUUGCAGGAUAGUCCGCAGACUCGCUCGUUGCUGAGUGUGUUUGAAGAAGAUGCAGGAACACUUACAGACUACACCAACCAGUUGCUUCAAGCAAUGCAGCGGGUUUAUGGGGCUCAGAAUGAAAUGUGUCUGGCAACACAACAACUCUCCAAGCAGCUUCUAGCCUAUGAAAAACAGAAUUUUGCCCUGGGUAAAGGAGAUGAAGAAAUGAUCUCUACUCUUCAGUACUUCUCAAAAGUUGUGGAUGAGCUUAACGUUCUGCAUACUGAAUUGGCCAAACAGCUUGCAGACACCAUGGUUCUCCCAAUCAUCCAGUUUCGGGAAAAAGAUCUUACAGAAGUAAGCACUCUGAAGGAUCUCUUUGGCCUUGCUAGCAAUGAGCAUGAUGUCUCCAUGGCGAAGUACAGCAGAUUACCAAAAAAGAGAGAAAACGAGAAGCUGAAGGCGGAAGUUGCCAAAGAAGUGGCCAGUGCCCGGAGGAAGCAGCAUCUCUCAUCACUGCAGUAUUAUUGCGCCCUGAAUGCUUUACAGUACCGCAAAAGAGUAGCCAUGAUGGAGCCCAUGCUGGGGUAUACACGCUCACAGAUUAAAUUUUUUAAGAAGGGAGCAGAGAUGUUUUCCAAAAAAAUGGACAGCUUUUUAUCGUCUGUUUCAAACAUGAUUCACAGCGUUCAGGAAGAAUUGGAUACUGAGGCCGAAGCUAUGCGGGUAUCUCAGCAAGACCUCCUUUCCGGGAACGAAUCGGUUUACACGCCUGAUUUUGACGUGGCCUCUCCUGUCAUUAACAGAAACCUUAUUCAGAAGGCAGGCUACCUUAACCUUAGAAAUAAAACAGGCUUGGUGACUACAACGUGGGACAGAUUGUACUUCUUCACUCAAGGUGGAAACCUGAUGUGUCAGCCUAGGGGAGCUGUUGCGGGAGGACUGAUCCAAGAUCUGGACAACUGCUCCGUCAUGGCAGUCGACUGUGAAGACCGGCGAUACUGUUUUCAGAUCACCACUCCCACAGGAAAACCAGGCAUAACCCUUCAGGCAGAGAGCAAGAAAGAAUAUGAGGAGUGGAUAUGUGCAAUCAACAACAUCUCGCGACAGAUCUAUCUUACCGACAAUCCUGAAGCAGUGGCCAUCAAAUUGAACCAGACAGCAUUACAGGCCGUGACCCCAAUCACAAGCUUUGGGAAAAAACAGGAACAUCUAUGUCCCAGCCAGGAUGUGAAGAAUGUGGAGAUACAGAAUGCCCAGGUGGUCCCUAAUGAGCCUGCCAGUGUUCCAGACUCAGCUGAGCUAAUUGCACCUGGGACACCAAUCCAGUUUGACAUUGUGCUUCCUGCCAUGGAGUUCCUGGAUCAGAACAGGGGCGGCAGGCGCACAAACCCUUUUGGAGAGUCUGAAGAUGGCCAGAAGGAGAAUGAGGAAGAUUCACUCUUGCAGCAGAUGUUUGUAGUUCGCUUUCUAGGGUCUAUGGCUGUCAACUCAGAUCAUACCACUGAAGUGAUCUAUGAAGCAAUGAGGCAGGUGCUGGCAGCUCGGGCCAUUCACAACAUCUUCCGUAUGACAGAAUCCCACCUCUUGGUCACCAGCUACGACCUGAAAUUAAUAGAUCCUCAAACCCAAGUUACAAGAACAAGUUUUGAACUUGCCAGUGUGACACAGUUUGCUGCCCAUCAAGAUAACAAGCGGCUUCUUGGGUUUGUGGUUUGUGAUGCCGAAUCUCCAGGUGAAAAUUCCAAGAGCGCAUAUGUCUUUGAGAGCAACACAGAAGCCGAAAAGAUUUGCUAUGCAAUAGGCCUAGGAAAGGAAAUCAUUGAGGCACGUAAGGAUCCAGAAGCACUGGCUCAAUUAAUGUCAUCCAUGCCCUUUACCAAUGAUGGGAAAUUCAUGCUACUGAAUGACCAGUCGGAAAAAGAAGCUGCUGAGCUUGGAGAUGGGCAGGAAGAGUCUGAAGCAUAAGUUGUAAUUUAGGGGAUUUGAUGUUGCACAUAACAGGUCAAAUUCUGUGCUCUCAGUUGUGA